AUGUACCUGCUGGCAGCGGUCCUCCUCGCCGGGCGCGUGGCGUGCCGCGCCGCCGACAAAGUGUGCACCUCCCUGUCCGGCAGCACCGUCAGCUGGAAGAUGCUCGACUUCGACUUCCACUCGUGGCGGGCCAUGAGCUCGCCCACCGAGGGCACGGGCGCCGGCUUCGUCAACUUCACGCUGCAGAACACGGCGCUGGUCAACAGGUUCGCGUGCGAGGCGGCGUCGGCCCGCACGCCCGACUUCUUCUACGCCGGCGACGUGUACGAGUGCCGGGGGUCCCUGGCCGACCCCGGCGACAAGACCAGCUUCUCGUUCGACCGGGCCAAGGGGUUGCUGCACAUCGACCAGGAGUGGGUGUGCGAGAGGGACGGCAGCCGGUUCGUGGGCGUGGGCGAGGUGCGGCUGGAUCCGAAGUGCAGGGAGGACAGGUACAGCAACGACCACUGGAAGCAGGGGCAGCUGUAUGAGGCGGCGAGCGUGCAGUGCGGCAAGGUGGCUGGGACGGUGUCGAUUACGUAUCUGCAGGGGAGUGCUUGA